AUGUCUAGAAUAAGCCGGAGGAAGAACAUCAGGUUCUUGAUAUGGUCGCUUGUGUUGCUUUCUUUGCUUGCAUUUAUUGUAACAUCGUAUGAUGUAUAUGAUGGGGUUAUUAAAUUUUCCAAUGAACCACUAAAGGAAACUAAGUUGGGUAACAAAAAAAAGAGGCCGAGUUGGAGUGAUGAAACAGCCAGCGACAAAGCUAACGUAGAUAAUAAGGAUCAAAAACAAUCUGCGAAAAGUAGCGACAAAAAUGGCGGAAAGAAAAGUGAAGCGACGGAUAGUGGAGACAAGGGGAAGCAGUCGUCGCAGAAAGGAAAGGCCAGUGAUAAGAAUAAUGCCAAAGAGAAGCCUCAAAAGGCAGAGAAUGCUGCGAAACCUAACGAUUCAAAGAAACCGCAGAAAUCAGGAAAAACAGAAAAGGAAGAAAAAGUAGAAACGACAGGGAAAGCAGAAAAGUCUCCUGCUAAUAAUGCUGACAAACAAAAGGACGAUGAAUCAAAAAAUCCUGAGAAAAAUGCAUCGAAAUAUAAGUCAACUCCAAGGCCUAAGUUACCUUCAAAGCCUAAGGAAAAGGAAGAAGAAUCAGCACAAGAUCCGAAAGGAUCCAAGUUGAAAGGUAACCCUAAGGAUGCCGUUAGUGAUUAUAUGAACGAGAAAUAUGGGGAUCAUUCGAAUGAUCCUAAGAACCCAAAUAAGUUCCUUGGAGAUACAGAAUCUAAUGAAGGAAGCAAAUAUGACGAAGAUGACGAAGAUAAGCACGAUACAGAUAAAGAUGCGGAUAAAGAUGCGGAUAAAGAUGCAGAUAAUGAGACGGAUAACGAUGCUCCUCAUAUUCACGAGUCGGAACAAGAAGGAACAUUGGGGUCUGGUACAGUACCUAACUCGCCCCUUAAACCAGUGACAAUAAAAGAGAAGCCAUUCGUUGAGGUUCCAAAUAAAUUUGAUGAGAUCCAGCCUUUGAAUUUCAGGAUAUAUUCUCAUAAUGUAAAGAACGGCGGUCAUGAUGUCUUAGUGUCAGGAGAGAGAACUUGGGCAGAAAGGGUAAACGAAAUUGCAAGUUCGAUCGCUUUUAAUGCUCGCCAUGAUACAAUCGUAGCAUUGCAAGAAGUUUACAAGUUUCAGCUAGAUAAUCUCUUAAGUGAACUAAAUAGAUAUUCACCUCAGAACCAACCUGAGUGGGCAGCUUAUGGUGCUGGCAGGAUUGAUGGUAGAAACAUAGGGGAAUAUGUUCCUGUGCUCUAUAAGACUUCCGAAUGGGAGUUACUUUUUAGUGACACCAUGUGGUUAAACGAGAAAAACCCAAGAACGUCGUUAGAAGGAUGGGAUGCAAAGUACUUGCGUAUUUGUUCAUAUGUAACCCUUAAACAUAAAAGGACAGAGAAUUACUUUAAUCUUUUCAAUACGCAUUUUGAUCAUGUUGGCGAGCUUUCUAGAAUUGGCUCUGCAAGUAUGAUUGUUCAAAAGAUGAAUGAGAUUAAUCAAUGGCCGUCGAUAUUCUGCGGUGAUUUAAAUGCCGAGCCCACAGAAAGAACAUACCAACUAAUUGUUGAAGAUUAUAAAGAUGUAUCCAGAUUAACCACAGCAUUUAAUAGAUAUGGCCAUUCCAAGUCUAGUGUGACUGGGUUUGAAGGAGAGGUUUUACUUCAAGGAGGUCAGAACAUUGAUUAUAUCUUUGCACCAGGCUACACCACAAGGGUCAACCAGAGAGAUGUUUGUGACAAACAGUCAAGGCCCGAGGAUUCACCAGAGGCAAAUUUAUCUUUAAAGUUGCAAGCAUUUGCAAUGUUACAUUCCAAAUUUAAUGGUGCUUACAUGAGUGAUCAUAGACCUCUAGUUGCGGAUUUUAUUUUAGAAAAUAAGUGUAAAUGA